AUGUGGGUAUGGGUAUGGGUAUGCCCUCAGACACCCAUGGGUACACCCACGCUAUGCACUAUGCGAGACACACCGCCGACUGGUUCCAAACCUGAAGGGCAGGGCCCUGCUACUCGUCAAAAUCGGAAACCACCUCGUAAGCCCAAUGAAGACGUCUCAUAUGUGCCCGUCACUCGCGGAGAUCCCAGUCUGGCUGGGCGUAACGACCAAACAGACGAUGAUGGGACUGACCACAACCCAACUGUAGACAAGAAGGCCAAUACAAAUCACACUACCCGCAAGAAGACUGCCUCAACAGCGCAGGCUGAAGACUCUGACCAAAACAGUACGACAACCUCGUCUCGUCUCGGUGCAACUGCACCCACAAAGAAGAAUGCAGCCGGCAAAGGCAGAGGAGUACGUCGGACAAGGGUUAUCCAGGCGAACUCGGGCCGAAGUAAGAAUCAAGCCGAGGGGCCACCACAUAGCAGGAUCGAAGCAGAAAGCACAGUUAUGUGCAUAGCGUGGGUGUACCCAUGGGUGUCUCAGAGCAUACCCAUACCCAUACCCACAUGGGUUGCAUACCCAUGCCAUGGGUAUGGGUUUUGCAUGGGUAUUAUGAGUACCCAUGGGUAUGGGUAA